AUGUAUGAGGAAGUGCCUAUUAAACUUUCACAUAAGAGUUGGAAUGAGUCAGAAGAAGUUCUUGUGGAGGUCGCGACUGGAAUUCUCGAUAUAAUGUGCCUGGAAGAAUCCAGCAUUUUGGGAGAAAUCCACAAAAUCACAAAGCGAAAGGACAUAUAUGACAGAUAUUAUAGUCCCUUUAGUGAAAGCUUCAUUAAAAAACUACCAAUAAAGAAUUCCGCUUUUGUUAGCACAGCGGAACGACAGAGCAUAGCAAAGAAGGAAGAUAAUGAUUGGGUAAAAUUAUGGAGAGAAAUGAAUAAUGGUAUGUAUUGGGUGUAUAAAGGAUGCAAGCCGAAAAAAGAAGAAAUUGGAAUUAUUGCAAUACAAGUUGCUGGACAAAAGCUUCAUCUGUACGUUCUCAUUCGGGAAGGAGUUGGGAUAAAUAGGCUUUUUAGACUAAGUUCAGUGGAUAUCCCGAUACAAUUUACAGAUAAAGACACUGUAUAUAACUUUGUGGAGGCGUUGUUGCUAUUUCGGGUAUUAUUUAAUUAUCAAUAUGUGCUUUCUAUAUAA